UCUCUCUCUCCCCACUUUGCUCAAUUCUAAUUUUGAUUUGUUCCUUUUCAGUCGAAUCAGAUAUGAAAUUGCCCACUUUUCCCACUCAAUUUCUCGUUUCGCUACUUUCUAGGCUUGAUCUGUGAAGUUUUGAUUUUGGGAUUUUUUCUUUAUUUCGUAAUUUGCUCAUUUUCUUGGAAAUUGAUGAUGGGUUCCGAGAGCUUAACGCCGCCGCCGGUGGAGGCGGCGGCAGAGGCCGCGCCACCGCCGAAGAAGCAGGGAAUCACGAAGCCUUUGUCUCUUGCUGGGCCCACCGAGGCAGAUCUUCAAAGAAAUGAAGCAUUAGAAAAUUUUUUGAAGGAAUCUGAGUUGUAUGAGAGUGAGGAAGAGACAGCAAGGAGAGAAGAGGUGCUGCAUCAGAUUGAUCAGAUUGUAAAAUCAUGGGUGAAACAAUUGACUCGCCAGAGAGGCUACACUGAUCAAAUGGUGGAGGAUGCAAAUGCUAUGAUAUUCACUUUUGGUUCUUAUCGGUUAGGAGUUCAUGGACCUGGAGCUGACAUAGAUACAUUGUGUGUUGGUCCCUCUUAUGUCAAUCGUGAUGAAGAUUUUUUUAUCAUUCUGCAUGAUAUUUUGGCUGAAAAGGAAGAAGUUAGUGAACUCCAACCAGUUCCUGAUGCUCAUGUCCCAGUUAUGAAAUUCAAAUUUCAAGGAAUAUCUGUUGAUCUCCUUUAUGCAAGUAUAUCUCUCUUAGUUGUCCCUGAAGAUUUAGAUAUCUCAGAUCAAUCUGUACUCUACAAUGUUGAUGAACCAACUGUUCGAAGUCUCAAUGGGUGCCGGGUUGCUGAUCAAAUAUUGAAACUAGUUCCUAAUGCUGAGCACUUCCGCACAACUCUUAGAUGUCUAAAGUUUUGGGCAAAAAGGCGCGGUGUUUAUUCCAAUGUUACCGGAUUCCUUGGCGGUGUGAAUUGGGCUCUUUUGGUUGCUCGCAUUUGCCAAUUUUAUCCUAAUGCACUCCCCAGUAUGCUUGUUUCUAGGUUCUUCAGAGUUUAUACACAAUGGCGUUGGCCAAAUCCAGUGAUGCUAUGCCCAAUAGAAGAGGAUGAACUUGGUUUUCUUGUUUGGGAUCCUCGCAAGAAUCCAAAGGACCGAACCCAUCAUAUGCCAAUUAUUACUCCUGCUUACCCUUGCAUGAACUCUAGCUACAAUGUCUCCCCAAGUACUCUUCGAGUAAUGAUGGACCAAUUUCAGUUUGGUAACAAGAUUUGUGAGGAGGUAGAGUUGAAUAAAGCACAGUGGGCCGCGCUUUUUAAGCAUUAUCUUUUCUUUGAGGUCUACAAAAACUAUCUGCAGGUUGACAUUGUAGCAGCAGAUAAUGAUGAUUUGCUAGCUUGGAAAGGCUGGGUGGAAUCCCGGCUUAGGCAACUAACACUAAAGAUAGAGCGGGACACGAACGGGAUGUUGCAGUGCCAUCCGUAUCCUAAUGAAUUUGUAGACUUAUCUAAGCCAUGUCCACAUUGUGCUUUUUUUAUGGGCUUGCAGAGGAAACAGGGUGUCAAAGUACAAGAAGGGCAACAAUUUGAUAUUCGUGGCACAGUUGAUGAGUUUAAGCAAGACGUAAGCAUGUAUGCUUAUUGGAGACCAGGCAUGGAUAUCUAUGUAUCUCAUGUUCGGAGGAAGCAAAUUCCUCCAUUUGUCUUUCCAGACGGGUAUAAGAGACCAAGGCAACCUCGGAAUACAAGUCAUAGUACUCCAGAGAAAGUUGCUAAAGGCUGCAUGUCUCCUGAAGAAAGGCAGCCAAAGAGGAAACAGGAGACUGAAACAGUUAAUGUAAAUUUGGGCAAGCCAGGGAAACGUGCUUCUAUCAGUCCGCAGAGGAUCGGAUCUGUUUCUCCUCUAGGUAGUUCUUGCAGAUCUGAUGGAUCAUCACAGAUAAUCAUUUCUGAUGAGUCACAGAGGGAGUUUGAGAGUUCUUGCCUAAUGGACAGUUCUGAUGAUAGAUCAUUACAUAGGAUAUUGCGCAGCAGAAGUGAUGCCUCUCCGAGUGACAGUUCCAUUUGUACACCUGAUAGUUUAAACUAUACAACGUCAAGGGGUUCCAUCUUAUUAGGAGUUUCCAGAGAAGUUGAUUUAGAUAGUUCUAACACAAAAUCCUUCCCAAGCAAGGAGGUGCCCGGUCCGUGUGAAGACAUAUGCACUAGAGACGUCCAAACUUUUCAAGUCUUGCAGAAUGAUGAGAAGGGGGAGAUUUUGGGAUCACUUCAUCAGGAUAUUGUUGGGCAGCUCAAUGAACCAUGCAUUCAGACUGGUUGUGCAGAAAGUCUCGAAAGAGUGCCUGUAUCAAAUUCCAACAUUCACAACCUCACUUGCGAGGGUGAUAUAAGCUUGGCCGAUCGGAUUUCACAACUUGGGGAUGGAUGUCUAAGUGGGAAUGGAGAAUUGGGUAAUGGCUUUGCCGAGAUGUCACAGGUGGAGUGCAAAACCAAACCUCUCUCUCGCAAGGGCAAUGGAACCCCAGGAUGGGACAAACUCAGAGGCUGUGCAGGAGGCUGCAAUAAGGCAUGUGUUUCUGAGAACCUGUGUUUUAUGAUUUGAUAGGUUAUGUUAUCUUUAUGCUUUCUUGCUUUGUUCCUGUCGUGGUUUCUCCCUAGCAGGUUGAGCCUGGAAUCAACAGCUUGAUUUUGGGUAGACAUUCCAAAGAUUAGUGUGUUUCGAAGCUUGUGCGGUUGUGAAAAUGCCUGUUGAAAGAUGAUAUAGUUGAGAUGUUUGGAUUAGUUUCCAAACUCACAUUUUAAAGUGAGAAGAUGUUGCAGAUUAUGGUGUGUGUGGAUUUGUCUUCAAGACCCCAAUUUGGAGUUGGAUGAAGGAGUUUUAGAGAUGAGAAUUCGUGCCUUUCUAAC